AUGGACGUUGCUAGUUCAAGCAAGAGAGCCUUGGAAGAAGAUUUAGAAUUAGAUCCUAAGCGAAGCCGAUCAACAGAAGAUCAUCCUAUCGCUACUUUCUUAUCACCAUGCCAUUUGCUAUUAUAUGCUGACAAACCAUCUGAACUAUCAGGAGUAACUGAAAUAGAAGCACAACAAAAUAUAUUAUCCAAAUUGGAAGAUCAAGAUUCCAAUAAGAUGGAUUGGUUUCUCAGUAAUCUAGAAGACUACCUGGACGAUCAAAUCAGACUUUAUUACGCAUUAAUGCCAAUACGAUCAACAAUAGAAAAUUCCGAUAGCAUUUUAGAGCUUUCGGCUGACUCACCUAUACAGCUUAUCUUAAGCAUUAAAGAAAUACAGGAUAAAGUAGUCGAUGUUUUACUCACAAAAUUAAUGGAGGUGAUGUAUGAAGACGACAUAGUUAUUGAAGAAGCAAAUAUAACCUGUAAUAUGGGAUUAUUGCUUAUCCGUCAAUUUAAAUGGAUGAAUUAUCCGAUUGAUUCUAUGGAUGCCAUUAAUAAGUUAUUUGAGACAGUUAAAGUUUUGCCAAAAAAUUUGCAAAAGGAAAUGAUAAAAUUACUACCAGAAAUGAUUAAUGAUGAUAAACAUGAGCAAAUUGGAAAACUGUUAAGACAAUUUCAAGAUUGUAAUGUACAUCUAAUUGGAUCCAUCAUUGCAGCCUUAGCCAAUUUGAAUAUACACUCUCAAAUGGAGACUGAAAUUCGAGAAUCGUUAGCCAAGGGGUUACGAUCUUUCAAUUUUGAAGACUUACCAGACGUACUCCGGUUUAUUCUGCAAAGCGUUUCUAAUAAUACUGCCGCUGCAGUUGAGAUUAUUUUGAAAUUGCAUAACCAUAUCAAUUUGCCUAAUCGGUCGUUGUUAUUAACGACAGACAUUAAAGGUGAUGCUAUUAAUUCAUGUGCUGAAAAUCUACUAGAAGUGCUAGAAACUACUAUUCGUUUUAAGAAAUCUAUUGCCGAUGGUUGGAUUAAGGUUAUUGAUUCCUUGAUUGCAACAACCGAUCUACAUCUUACCGAUAUCUUCGUCCUAUUUAUUGCUCAUUCACUGCCCAAUUAUCAUCGAUCUAUCAUCAAAGUAUUUAAAAAGAAGUCUAAACAUUACAAAUUUAUUACAAGUCUCCUUUCUUUGUGCUUCAAAGACUACUAUCAGAUGAUACCUCGCUAUUUAAGAAGUAUAUUGUCCAUUGCCGACACCCUUUCUCAAUCAUCUCAAGAUGUUAUAAGGGAUUUGGGCUGUCACUUCUAUAUUUUAAUAUUCUCUAUGAAUAAUACGAGCUACCAGCAGGAAGUUAUUGGUUGUUUACUAACGCACAUUGGCAGUGGAAUCGAAUAUGAAGCUGAUUCUGCAUUAAACGUUUUAAGACAACUUGCAGUAGAAAAUCUACAAUCAUUAAAGGCAUUCUCAGUGCUCAUUCUGGGUGUUAUGGAAUUUAUACAUUUAUUAACGGAUUCUCAAAUUAGGGCAUUGUAUUUUGUGCUUUGCCGAAUCGCUUUCUCUGAAAAUUGUAACGAUUCCAUUCAGGAUGAUAUACACAUUAUACUUCGUAAACAGUUAACGCACAGUAAAAUAAAUUACCGGCUGAUGGGAGUUACUGGCGGAACAACAGCAGUUUCAUGUCUUGCAUCGCAGAAUUCUAAUAAAGAUCAAACUGAAAACAGUAGCAGCAAUGGCCUAGCUGGUAAUGAAAGUGCACUAAGUCAGGCAACAGAAUUACUUGAACUAUUAUAUAAAAGUUGCGACGGCAUUCCUGAAGUAGCAGCUUUAUUAUAUGACGAACUUGCAGGCAUUAUUACCAGCGACAAUAUUAGUAUAAAAGUUAAAACAUGGAUUAAUGAAUUGAUCGUUACAACAUUUCAAGAAAGUUACCUGGUCGAUUUGAAUGAAUUACCUACCUGCGAUGAAUUACCGACAUGUUUAAAAUAUGGACUAGACAACCCUGAAGAUAGUAGUAUUGCGGUUAAUUUGUUACCGAAAUUGGUAUCUGAGUUAAAAGGAGGAAGUUUUAGUGAAAACAUAUCGACAUCAUUUGCAAGUUUUGCAUCUCAAUUCCAUUUAUUAUGGAUUUGUGAAAAAUAUCAGCGAGGAAACCUCGACGAAAUUGAUGCUCUUUUAGGAUGUCCUAUAAUUUUGGCUGAUAGCAAUAAGAUAGAAACGUUUUCAACUUUGGAAACGGAACUGCAAAUUGCAAUAUGUAUUUCUCUUAUUUAUUGCUUAAACUGGUUCAGAGAAGUAAUAGGAGCUUUUGCUUCCUACGACGAUGCCGAAGUGAAAGGGAAAAUUUUAUCUCGAAUUAAAGGCAUGACUGAGCUCGAAACUGAUUUGAUUAAUCUCUUAAAUGAUUGCCCAUCGUGUGUACCAGUUAUAAAGAAACUUGAUUUCUGUGCGUUUAAGAAAUUACUUGAUGUCGAAAAACCACUUAAGCUACAAAUAGCUAGAAAGAAAGAAGGCAAAGAAAAGGAAAAUAUUUCUAUGACUCAGGAUCUCAAGAAAGCUGCCACUAAGGAUAAAGUUACGGUUACAUUAAAUAGAUGUUAUUUAAGGGAGCUUAGCAUGGAUGUUUUUAACAUUUUAUCGUGUGGAAAAGUUACGUGCUCAAUUUUAGACUCAGGGUUAAAUACCGAAAUUGACCGUCAAACAAUGAGGCUGUUUUCAAGAUGGAAGCCCGUCGAAGUUGGAAAAUUUUUUGUUCAGCUGAUCCCUAUUAUAUGCCAAAAUUUAGAAGCUAUUCACGCUAGCCUACUGAAUGAAGAAGACAAAGAAACUGAUGGAGCAUCUGAUACGGAAUCCAUCAUACUAGAUGAUGCCGUCAAUAUACACAUUGUAUCUAGUUAUUCAUAUUUAAUUACUUGUUUGGUCUUAUUUCUUGAAUGGAGCGUACUUAGUCAAGCUGAAAAUCAACAGAUGAAACGAGAUGCGUUGACAUGCAUUGCUUCUAGAACAAAUACAAUCAACAAAGAUACGCCGAUAAAUGACAUUGUAGGGAAAUGUUUUAGAUAUUUGGAAAAAUUUCUACCAUCACUCCCAAGUUUUAUGUGCGCGACAAAGUUUAUUCGUCUUUUGCAAGCCAUAAAUGUAAUUAGUAAUGACAAAGUAUUCAAUCUUGAAUUAGCUACUAUUAUCAUGCAGCAUUUGAAAAGAGAUUGGCCUGACAGUUCUAAAUUUGCGAAAUCUGUUUAUAAAAAACAAAUUGCAUACUUACUUAGACUGCAUCUGCAGGCGUUAAAGGAACCCUUAUCUACGUUGGAAGAAAUUACAAAUGAGAAUUUACCUGAAUCCGUUAAGAAAAUUAAAGAGAAACCUUUUUCCACCUUGACGAGAUCCACAUUUUCGAUAUACUAUCAAGUACUGCUUGAAUUCUUGGUUGAGUCGUUGAAGAGAUUAGUUAUGGAUGGUAGUGCUUGGCGUGGGGACGAAUUAAACAAAUUGCUCCAACUACAAUCGCAUUGUAACCUUCUUUAUUCUAUGGUCAAUCUGGUGAAGGUUCUGGGCAAACGUCCAGUUUUGCUAUCGGUCAUCAAGGGUAGUCAUGGCUUUAUCGAUGUGUUUCUCCGUUAUGCAAUGCCAGCAUUAGAUAAACUAUUCAGAGCACAUAAGGAUAUUAUAUUGUCUAUAUUAAAAGCGAUUCAACAGAGUACACGCUACUUACAUCAUGUAUGCGGUCACUCUAAGAAUACAAGGGUUGGCGCCGUUACUAAAUUUGUGCCCUUACUAAAGAAGAAGUUGGAGAUAUUUGUCUACAGGGUCAAGAUAAUGUUAACUGUUAAUAAUUGCCAUGAAGCAUUUUGGGUUGGAAACCUAAAAAAUAGGGAUAUUCAGGGUCAAGAAAUCUUAUCUGAUACUGAUGAAGUUGAUGAUGAAUCGUCAGUUGCCGAUGGCGAGGAAUCGCCGAAUAACUCUGAUGAAGAGACUAGUGACGAUGAGGAGGAUUCUAGUGAUGCUGAUGAUGAAUCAGGUAGCGAUAAAUGA